AUGGCUGGCGCGGCAGGUGCCUGUGUCAACGAUUUGUUGGGCAUGGACGACGCGAGUCUAGCUGCAGCGGUAGCUUCGGGGAAGAUUCCACUCAGGAGCAGCGGAAAUCCCGUUGCGAGCACCAAUGCUGCUGGCACCGCGGCGGCGGCGGCUACAGCCGCUACAGCCGCGAUGCGGAGCGCGCUUGCUAGCAGCGCUACUGCGCGUCGUAGCGGGCUCGGGGGAGGGGCAGGGGGAGCUCUGUCGGGCGCGCGGGGAGGAAUGGGCGCAGUCGCGCUGCUGAACGGGGACGGGGGAAGGUUCGAUGUCGGAGGGGCGCAACAGCAGGCGGAGUUUCUCCUGGCUGGGGGGGCGGCGGCGCAGCAGGCGGAUUUCCGCAUGGGCGGGGGGGCGGCGCAGCAGCAGCAGCAGCAGGCGGAGUUUCUGAUGGGCGGAAGGGCGGCUGCGCAGCAGCAGGGGGAUUUCCGAAUGGGCGGGGGCGCAGCGGCGCAGCAGCAGGCGGACUUUCUCCUGCUGCAAGAGCUGGCGGGACAGCAGGCGGCAUUGCUGGGGGGACCGCAACUAGCGGGGGGAUUCCCCGGAGUCGACAUCUCCGCGUUUUACGGCGGGGGCGGGGAGGCGGCGCGCGCGUCGAUGGCGGAGAUGGAGGCGAAGGCGCUGGCGCAGUCGCGCUCGCACAGCGAGGCGGAGCGGCGGCGACGGGAGCGCAUUAACCAGCACCUCGCGACGCUGCGCGCGCUCCUUCCUAGUUCUAGCAAGGCGGACAAGGCGACACUGCUAGGCGAGGUAUUAGACGUGCUGCGAGCGCUGCACGCGGAAAGACAUACGGACAAAGCAACACUCCUAGGAGAGGUGGUGGACGUGCUGCGGGCGCUGCACGCGGAGAGACGUGAAAGACAGAGUUCUCACAACCGCCCAUGCCCUACCCCGCCCCUCCCCUGUUACCCCCCCCCCCCCCCCCCCCCUGCUCCUCCCCCUAUCCAGACGGACAAAGCAACCCUUCUAGGAGAGGUGGUGGACGUGCUACGGGCGCUGCACGCGGAGAGGGAGAGGCGUGUGCAGGGCACUUUAUCCCCCUUCCCCCUGCUCCACCCGCCUUCCGCCCCCUCUUCUCCCCCCCAUUCAGACGGGUCCUUCGUCUGCAUGUGCGAGCACUGGAAACGGCCUCUUGCAGCAACCGAGUCACCCAUCAGAUGCUGCUCUCCCAAGACCCUCCUCCCCCUGUAA